AUGUGUUGUGUAAUAAUUUAAUGUAAUGGAUAUAGUCAGGAGUGUUUAUUUGUUUGAUUGCCAUCUAAGGUUACCUAUAUUAAUUUAAACCAAAAAGUAGAAAUGUUUAAUUUCCUCGAAUAAUGUUAAUAUUUAUACUAUUUAACAAGUCUUUUAAUUUUAGCUAUUUUAGUUUUGCUAUAUUCAGCCAUAACUUAAAUUUCUCAUGCUUUAUUAGAUAAUAAUGGUAUUGUUUUUAAAAUAGAAGAAUUAGGGAAUGGAAAAGUACCAAUUAUCGAUCCACAUGAUGCAACUUGGUAUAAAUUAAAAUAGAUUUCUCGUAUAAUGGAAUAUUUAACUUGCACAAUAGUAGUUAUAAUAUAAAUAUUAAUUGGAUAUAGAAAGAAAAAAAGUCUCUACAAAGGUCAUGUUGAAAGUCUUAUUGAGAAUGAUGUAAUAAUUAUUAAUUAAUAUAAAAGCAAGUUUUGAUUACGUCAUUAGAGCCCACAACUUAAAAAUAGAAUCAUAAUUAAGUUACAUUAAGUUAAGAAUAUUCUCAUAUGAUAAAUACUUUAGAAUCGAAAAAUACCGAAUAAAUAUAGGCUAUACAAAAAUUAAAUAAUAAUGAUAAUAAUUCAUGA